CCUCGUGCCAGCUCUACAACAGAUAUUCAUCUCUCUCUCUCUCUCUCGACCAAGUUUCCUGAGUUGAGAUUUCGUUGCUAUAUAUACACUUCCAUUUUGGUACUUUGACACAAAAAUAUUUGUGCGGUACCGCUUGAAACUUCAUCUGGGUGUUUUGUACCAAGAUUUGCAGAGAGACAACAACAACAACUGGUUUGCUUGAUUUUCUUGGUCAAUUUGAGGCAGUUGGUGCUUGGAAUUUGGUUGGAGACAAUAAGGAAAAGUUGAUCCAAUCUUUUUCGACGGCUAUGGAUUAUUCUUCUGCUUUCGUUGAUACUUCUUUGGAUUUGAAUUCUAAGCCUCUCCGAUUAAUGGAGGAUGCUCCGAACAAAGAGGUGGAAAGCAAACUUAUAGACUUCCAAAUGAAGCUUUCAGCUAAAGAAGAGAAUGGUGCUCUGGUAGAAGAAUUGAAGCGGGUUAGUGCCGAAAACAAGAAGCUAACGGAGAUGUUGACGGUGAUGUGUGAGAAUUACAACACUUUGAGAAGCCAGCUAAUGGAGUACAUGAACAAGAGCCAGGCUGAGAAGGAGCUUAGCCCCACAAAGAAGAGAAAGUCCGAGAGCAGCAACAACACCAGUACUAACGUCGUCGGAGUCAACAACGGAAACUCCGAGAGCAGCUCGACGGAUGAUGAGUCCUUUAAGAAACCAAGGGAAGAGCCCAUCAAGACCAAAAUUUGGAAAACUUAUUACAAAACAGAAGCAUCAGAUACAAGCCUGAUUGUUAAGGAUGGAUAUCAGUGGAGGAAAUAUGGCCAAAAGGUCACAAGGGACAAUCCUUCUCCUAGAGCUUACUUCAAAUGCUCGUUUGCCCCAAGCUGCCCUGUGAAAAAGAAGGUCCAGAGAAGUGUUGAAGAUCAAUCAAUUCUAGUGGCAACUUAUGAAGGCGAACACAACCAUCCCCAACCUUCUCAGCUCGAGGCGACAUCGGGUUCAAACCGUUGCAUGACCAUAAACACGGUCCCAUUUUCGACCUCCAUUGUGUCGUCUGCGCCUAAUAUCACUCUCGACUUCACAAAACCAAAGGCUAGCAGUACUAGUGACACCACCAAAAGCGCAAAACCAGCUAGGGUUGAUUCGCAGGAAGUGCGACAGAUAUUGGUGGAGCAGAUGGCGUCUUCCUUGACAAAAGAUCCCAACUUCACUGCAGCUUUGGCAGCGGCCAUUUCAGGAAGAAUUUACCAAUAGAGCAAUCCAACUGAAAAAUGGUGAAAGGACGGCCAACAAUUAGACGAUUCCCACUUUUCAAACAUUUGAUAAGUUUCGAAGUUCAGGAUGUUUUUCUGUAAAUACCGCACCGGAAAAUAGGCAAAGAUUUUGAUGUAUACUUUUGAAUACUGCUCAACUAAUUGAGUGGGGCUAAGAUUGUUUUCCAAAUUGGAAGUGUAAUUUGGGCGACUUGUAUUUUCAGCCAGUUCAAAAGGUAAAAGUUUACCCAUAGUCAUCGGUUAUGCAUGGUUACAAUGCAGAGCAGCGUGACAGUCAUUGUCUUAUAUGGUCAAGAAGCCAAAUUAUAUCAAUCUUGAAAUUAGCUUGAGUGGUUUUUAGUCAAA